ACUGUCUGUCGUGGGAGGGAGGCGGUAGGACCGUGCGGCUGCCGCGACCGGCGCAGCUGUCUCACCCUGUCUGUGUCCCGGGGUGACAUUAAUAGACGCUCGCAGGCGCUGCGGCCUCUCUCUGCCCUCACACACACUCUCACACCCGCAGCAUGGGCCUCUCCGAAGACAUCGAAAGGUUCGUCAGCCCCGGGAAGGGCAGAGGCCUGAGGGCUCUGCGGCCCUUCAGACUGGGGGAGCUCAUAUUCUCCUGCCCGGCCCACACCUACGUGCUGACCGUGAACGAGAGGGGCAAUCACUGCGACUACUGCUUUACCAGGAAAGAAGGAUUAUCAAAGUGUGGCAAAUGCAAACAAGCCUUCUACUGCAACGUAGAAUGCCAGAAAGGAGACUGGCCGAUGCACAAGUUGGAAUGCUCCGCGAUGUGCACUUACGGGGACAACUGGAGUCCCUCGGAAACUGUAAGGCUUACCGCAAGAAUUCUGGCCAAGCAGAGAACCCAGACAGAAAGAACGCAGUCGGAACGUUUCCUGUCCGUUAAGGAAUUUGAAUCUCAUCUUGAUAAGCUUGACAAUGAAAAGAAAGAGCUGAUCCAGAAUGAUAUAGCAGCCUUGCACCAUUUUUACUCCAAGAGUUUGCACUAUUCAGAUAAUGCUGCUCUCGAAGUUCUGUUUGCACAGGUUAACUGUAAUGGCUUUACUAUUGAAGACGAGGAGCUCUCUCACGUUGGAUCAGCGAUAUUUCCAGAUGUUGCUCUGAUGAAUCACAGCUGCUGCCCAAACGUGAUUGUCACGUAUAAGGGUACAGUCGCGGAGGUUCGAGCCGUGCAAGAGAUCAAUGCCGGAGACGAGAUUUUCACCAGUUACAUUGAUCUGCUAUACCCCACAGAAGACCGGAACGACCGCCUCAAAGAUGCUUAUUUCUUCAGCUGUGAAUGCAAAGAGUGCGCGACAAAGCAGAAGGAUGGAGCAAAAUUGGAAAUCCGAAAGCUAAGUGAUCCCCCCAGCUCAAAGACCAUAAAAGACAUGAUUAAGUACGCGAGGAACGUGGUUGAAGAGUUCCGAAGAGCCAAGCACUACAAAACGCCCAGCGAGCUGCUGGAAAUGUGUGAGCUCAGCAUGGAGAAGAUGGGAUCCGUGUUUGAGGAUACCAAUGUCUACAUGUUACAUAUGAUGUACCAAGCCAUGGGUGUUUGCCUCUACAUGCAAGACUGGGAAGGUGCCCUGAAGUAUGGGCAAAAAAUUAUCAAACCAUACAGUAAGCACUAUCCUGCCUAUUCUUUGAAUGUUGCCUCCAUGUGGCUAAAACUCGGCAGACUUUACAUGGGGCUAGAGAACACAGCGGCAGGGACAAAAGCCCUGAAGAAGGCCAUUGCGAUAAUGGAAAUCGCUCACGGUCCCGAUCAUCAUUAUAUAACCGAAAUAAAGAAGGAGCUGGAACAUUAAAGUACGAACCCUGUGCGCUUCUAUGUAAACACGUGUUCGGAAUGCUGAAUGUAUGUUAUGGAACCGCUAGUAAAUCUGCCUUAUCGUAUGGAGCCUAACGAGUAGUAUGUUAACCGGCAGCUGUCCUGCAAAGACGGCAACGUGUGCGGUAACAAUCCUCCAAUAAAAAAAUAAAACAUAUCUGUAAA